UCGUCUCUGGCUGACGAGCCUGUGCGGCCGUGUUUCACACUGAAUGACAGAGAGAGAGAGAGAGAGAGAGAGAGAGAGAGAGCAAGAGAGAGAGAGGGAGAGGGGAGGCUCACAGGGAAGCUCUGAGGGGCAACAGAUCUGGUUUGCUCGGCUGAAAGACCAAACAAGAGAUGGAUUUUUGCACAACGUGAGAGAGGAGCAGCUGCUUCACAUAAGAAAAAUAAAGUCAGGAUGUCUGGGAUUGACGUUCCGUUGAUGGACCAAAAUGAGACCGGAAUCUCGUCAGUAGACAAUGGGACUUUCCUCCGUUUCUCCCCGACCUCUGCCUCCACAUCUGCGGCCGCCUCAUCUCCAGGGCGUCCAGGGAAUGUUUAUGUUUAUGUAUGGCUCUUUCUCGGCCUGCUGGUGUUCCUUCUGACGCUGCUCGUCAUUUCCCUACACAGGCUCAAGAACAUCAUCUCCUCUUCUUCCUCUGUCCCCGACUGCAGCAGCGAGGGAGGAAGCUCCUUCACCAACAUGGAGAUAUGUAGCAUCUCAUCUCAGAGGUCCACCAUCUCUGCACUCUCCACCUGAGGGAUGUGGCAGGGAGCACAUACAGUACAGACAUAUGCACAUGUGCUCUCAUUCGUGCAUGCCCAUGCAAACAAAGGCAAGCAUGCGCACACAUAUAAAGCACACAGAGGUCCAGCACCUCCUCACUGUGACAUACAAACACAAAAACCUUUUGUCAGCCCCAAAGAAGCUGACAUAAUGGCAUUACAGUCCGUGCAUGCAUAUUCUAAUUCUGGCGGGGCCAUGCAAUCUGCAUAGGCACAGGGGAAAUAUCGCUCAUAAUGUGAUGAAGAGGUCUUGAAGGGUGAGUGUGAAUGCACCCUUCUGAGUCUUACUUUCACAAUUAAGACAAAUGAAUCUGAGAUUCUGCUUUCCCUUUGCAGGGAACAGCAUAAUGAGGGACUCAUUAUCUUUUCUCCUCUUUUUUCUUUUUGUCAUUUCUCGUAUUGCACUCGUGUUCAACUUAGAAGAAAUACUAUUGUUUGAAGUGAAGCUUUGUACAGCAUGCUUCAUAAUGUCUGUAGACUACAUUGCAAACUCGGUAUAAAAAUCCUAUUAAAGCUCUUUAACUUUG